GCUGCGGUCAAGGCGCUGGGACCCGCAAUGGGCCUCCUUCUCCACCAUGAGAGGCAUCGCAAUACUGUUUUUGAGAGGCUCCCCUGUCUCCUGCAGCAAUACGAGGGAGGGGUCGACAAUCUUCAUGUCACCAUGAGUCUGAGCCAGCUCUUGGAGGUAGCCUAUGAUUUUGAGGUCCCUCUCCCCGAUGGGAAACUCAAGAGCAUCUGCUUUGCCCUGCACACCCAGGUGUGUGAUAUCGCACAGCUGCCGGGAUCAGAGAACCAGGUCAAGGUGUUCUACUGUCUCCGCCUGCUGGACCAAUUUAUUUCCUUUGUGGGCUCCCGCCUCAAGACUGACAAAGAGGGAAGCUGCGUGGCAUCCCUCUCCAUCUUUAGUGGCAUCAUUGCUGCUGACUUGCCCGAGAUGAGCCAGAAAAAAUGUGCUGUAGUCAAGGCCAUGAGGUGCAUGCUUGGUGAUCAGAGCACUGAGGUGAGGUGCUUUGUGAGCAGUGGCUGUGCUGGGGAUGGCACAUGGACCUGACACAAA